AGAAACAACCCAGACCAAGGGUCACUCGAAUUGUGUUCUAGAAUCUGAACGCUGCUUUUCCAAAUCAGUCUUGGAAAUCCAAGAGGAGAAGGUUUGGUAUGAAUACGAACAAGAAGAAAAGAAAAAUGCUUUAAGAAAACAUAAAAGGUCAGGAGUACAGAUUUGAGGUUUUGGGGGCUUUCUUAAGGCAUGUACUUAAUGUGCAUUGCAAAAUUCAAAGAGAUCUCACUUGAUAUCAAAUUUGAAAGCGACACAACAGCAGGUAAUGAGCAACAAGUGAGAAUAAACAUAAAUCAGGGUGACAAAAAUGUUGAGCAAAAGUUAUUCAAAUGAAUAAGUGACUUAAUUUCAAGGUGCAAAGAAUGUUGCAUAAUUGAAAGAGCAAUUCUUGUUUAAUGCAGUAACUAGAAUGCGCAGAAUUUAAAUGGGACCACCAUGUUUAUUGUCACGGAUUUACAGCAGAUUUAAAGCCAACACCACUUUAUGAGAUGUCGCUACAAUAUGUGGCGUUUAUGUUUAUGAUCCUGUGCAGCUUUCCUGCCUCCAUGUCGCCAAGAGCUACUCGGUGACUCAUUGAGUGAGUGCAUGCUCAACUUGGAUCAGAAAUAGCCCCCUUGCCGACCAAGUUUUGCAUUACACUGCUCACUGUUGCUGUGAUGCCCCUCUUUGAAUUCUGCAGCUGUGAGUCGGUCGCGCGUAAAGGCCUUUUAAUAAACGUCUUCGGGAUCCACCGCGUCUCCAAAUAUUGACUUAUGAUCUAACGCGAUGCUGUCAGCGAAGGCACUGACAGAUCAAUUCGUGGCAAAUGUAAAAUAACAGUGCAGUUUUAUCUUUAAUUUGAAGUACUGAGAAAUGAUAAUCAACCAGGCAAGAGCAUUAAAUUCAUUUUAUACCUUUACUUUGUUUCAUUUAUCAGAAAAAGGAAAGUCACCUAAACGCUCCUGUCAUCAUUCGGACCUCAUUUUAGCACAAACAUAAAAGAAAAACAAUGAGAUUAAAUUAAUGCUCUCUAGUCUUAAAGAAUAACUUUCAGCUUAAUCUCAAAAACAUAUGUAAAAGCUUAAAGUUAACACCAAAGCGACCUGUUCUCUAUACGAAAACUUUUAAAAGAGCAUUUCUUCUUAACAUUUGAGUUUUUAUCAUAAAUAUUAAACGCACAAUAUAGUCCAAACGUUGAAAAACGUGAGGUGUUCAAACAGCUUUUAAAAAAUAAGCAGGUUAAAAACCUAUAGAGCAGAGAAGUGAUUGAAGUUUUGGUCUAAAUAACAAGAAGAAAAAUCCACAUUUCACCGCCCAUGGAAUUGUUAUUGAUUCUGCAACUUUGUUUCAUGAAUGUCUAACCAUGCAAGCUCACUGUUAUAUUAACUUUUUUUAAACGAUCACAUUUGUCAGCGAAUUAAAAUAGAAUGUCCGCAAUGGUUGCUAAAAUAAAAUUCCCAAACAUUUUUUUCUUUCAGUAUUCAGAUCAAACCAGAAAUUAUUGUAUGAGAGAAUGUUAUUCCCUGUAAUACUCACAGCACACUCGUUUUAUUUUGGAAUAAAAAUCUUCGACGGAACCGCCUCCUGUGACCCUCAUCUGCUGCCGUCCUUAGGUCUAACGCAAAGAGGAAAAAAAUCGCUCCGAAUCAUAACAACAGGUCCCGUCCAUUAUAUUUUUCAUCCUCUCCGGGAGCAUAGCCGCGGGUCGCCCGAAUGGUUCAGCCGGUGAACACACACAGAUACGGAUCCGGAUCUCCCUGGGGCUACAGCGGCGAGCCAACUCCACUGCAGACGCUGCGGAGCAAGGGCGGCUGCAUAUUUCAAUACGAAUCUUCCUACAAAGCGCUUUUUAACUUUUUUUUUUUUUUUUUUUUUUUUUGCUUCGGUCUAUUUUAAAGCUCGACACGCGGUGCUAUUCUUUGCACAACUUUUUUUCUAUCCCAUCCACUACUAUCAACGAUAAUUUUACGUGCGUAAAAUUGCGCGUAAUUUGCGCGUCUAGUUGGGGCUGCGCGCGUUGCGGUUCAAAAUGAAGAUAUCACUGCAUUAUUUAUGAUCUACAUAACUUUAUAAAUAUAUAGCCUAUGUCAAUAUGCACGCUCUUUCAUGUAGCCGCGGAAAGAAAUAAAAGGGGUGAGGAUGUAUCCUUUAACUUCAGCCUUUGUUUGCUGCCUCAACAUAAAAAAACACCCUAUAUCCGGAUAAACUUUUUAAUAGUUAUAUUCUAUAAUAACCUUUGCAUAACUAUUUUUCGCAAGCGCUGCCUCCAGCACAGCGCAUGCGCACUGGCUGCUCGCUGUCACUAAGACAUUUUUCAUCACGUUGGGAACUGUCACUGGUGACGUCAAUCACAGAGCUCUGACCAAUUAGAGCGCGGGGUGAUUGUUUGGCUCCACGGGCUGCAGCGCCUACCAUGAAUCUCUAUUCAGUAUCAAAGCGUCCUGCUGCUGCCUCUCAACCGAAUGGGAUUCCAUGUUGUCUGCAGAUAGACUUAACUUUAUAAAGUUUUUUUUUUUACUUUAUUUUUUUUUUUCAUUGCGAUUAAAAUAUAUUUGCCAUCAUCAUUAUUAUUUUGCCUGCUGUCAAGUUAUUCUAAAAUUAGGAAGUAAUGAGCGUGGAUGCUUUGGGAAGCCCCGUGAUGGACCCUGCGUUUUCCAAACGGAACACGGCGCUGAGAUUAGUUGACUUGGCAGGGGCUCACCACCAUCACCAUCAUCACCACCAUACCCCUCAGAGCGUGACAGGCUUCCCGGGGUUCGGCAGCCAUCCACACUCAAUGGCUCACUCGCACCCUGGGGAGAUUACUGCGGAACCCCGCCUGGGGCCGAGUCCAUUCGGGCCAGAACACAUGGGGCACUCCGCGGCCCUCAAAAUCAGCCCAGCCCAUCAUUAUCCCCACCACCAUCACCACCACCACAAUCAUCAUAUGGCAGGCCACAGUGAAGUGGUCUCCAGUCAAACGGGAGCUUUUGGCCCGGUUCAGCCGACGUCGGUCCCUUAUUCUAUGCCCCAUACUGCCCAGGCUCUAUCCGCAGGUAGGGAUUUCCUCAUCCGGAGAGAUCUGACGGCUCAAGCCAUGCCGGUACUGACCGACCAGACUGCUGGUCCAGCUUCUCACCACGGAAUGUUUGUCUCAACAACAGGUAGCUAUCCCGGACACUAUGGUCACCACCCUGACGCAGGGAACCACACCACCCUCUUCUCCGGACUCCACCACGAGCAGCCUUCCAGCGGAUCACCGGGUGGCCAGGCGCUGAAUGGACAAAUAAGGUUAGGACUACCUGGAGAAAUGUAUGUUCGGUCUGAUCACUUGAGUCAAGUAGCAAGCUCCAGGGCUGAUCCCUUCUCCGCCUCGCCUCUGCACGGCUACGGCGGUCUGAAUCUAAACAUGAAUCUCGGCGCUCACCACCACCACCACCACCACCACCCGCACCAUCCCCACCACCACCACCACGGAGGAUCGGGGGCUUUUUUCCGCUACAUGAGGCAACCGAUAAAGCAAGAGCUGAUUUGCAAGUGGCUGGAGCCGGAGCACUCGCCCAAGAAACUCUGCUCUAAAACUUACAGCACCAUGCACGAACUCGUCACGCAUGUGACGGUGGAGCACGUCGGAGGACCGGAGCAGGCGAAUCACAUAUGCUUUUGGGAAGAGUGUCCGAGGGAAGGCAAGCCGUUUAAGGCGAAAUACAAACUGGUGAAUCACAUUCGAGUACACACCGGUGAGAAACCGUUUCCCUGCCCCUUCCCUGGCUGCGGUAAAGUGUUUGCAAGAUCCGAGAAUCUAAAAAUUCAUAAAAGGACACACACAGGCGAGAAACCCUUUAAGUGUGAAUUCGACGGCUGCGACCGACGCUUCGCCAACAGUAGCGACAGGAAGAAGCAUUCCCACGUGCACACAAGCGACAAGCCCUACAACUGCAAAGUUCGGGGCUGCGACAAGUCCUACACGCACCCCAGCUCCCUGCGGAAGCAUAUGAAGGUGCACUGCAAGUCCCCCCCGCCCAGCUCGGGCUAUGAGUCGUCCACUCCCUCUCUGGUGUCCCCGUCUUCGGACUUGGGUCGGGAGCCAGCCGGGGGACCGUCGAUGGUGUCAGAGCCGCCAGUGGGGGCAUCUCAGCAGCAGCAGCCAGCUAAUUUAAGCGAGUGGUACGUGUGCCACAGCUCAGGUGCGAGCGGUGGCCAGACACCACCCAGCGGCCACUCCACGCCCGACCCUUCGGAGGAACCUGCUUACAGGAACCCCCAACCAAGGGACGCGUUUUGAGUUCCUCGCCAGCACUCAUUUCCAAACACUCAACUUCUAAAAUGGUUUGGCUUUAGUGCCUCUAUACCUGUGAGGGCCCUCUGGUCCACCCCCCACCCCUGUCCCCGCACACCCCCAAUCCCUUGUUUUGUUUUGGAUAAGCCACCAAAACUGGUACUCAGAGCCAAGAGACGCACUUAACUGCAAAGGAUGGAAAAUGAGCAAUCCUUCCAGACGUGCUUUCAAGUAACAGGAGCAUAUAUUUUAUUAUUAUUAUUAUUAUUAUUAUUAUUAUUAUUAUUAUUAUUAUUAUUAUUAUUAUUAUUAUUAUUAUUAUUAUUAUUAUUAUUAUUAUGAAGUUUAUCCAAAACUGAUGGAUGGGUGCUUCCCCUGCGAGCCGUUCCACUUGUCGCGAGAGUCGUGUAAAUCUCAUUAGACUGUGUCGUACAUUAUUGUAGGCUGUAGACAUGAGGGUGUGCAACUUUUUUUUGAAAAAGAAAAAUAACGAACAAAAACAAACAAAAAAAUCCCUUUCUGCCUUCAGUAUGAUUUUUUUAUUUAUUUUUCAAUCGGAUAUGGAGGUAUUUUUUAGGAUCGAACCAAAGUGCAUGUUUUCAAAACAGGAGCAGAAUUGUACAUUUGUAAAUUUUGUACAAGUUUCAAUGUGUUUGAAUGUUGACUAGAUUUGUAAGGAGCGGUUUACAUCUUUUUGUAUUAUUUUAUUUUAUUUGCAAUGGAUUUGUGCAAAAAAGGGAGAAAAAAAUAAAAAACCCCAGCUGUUUCAUAAGCUUACAGUAUUUCGUAUAUGACGUCAAUUAUAAAUGUUUUAUCAAAGUAAAAAAAAAAAAAAAAAAAAAAAAAGAAAUCUGGUGAUUUUUGUAUCAUUGUCUGUUUUUAAAUUUAUUUUUAUUUUAUCUAAAAAUUGAGCACUAAAUGCGUACCGAACUGCCUUGUAUUUUGUGAGUAUUUGGAAUAAAUCUUGUAUGAAAGUGAAA